GUUGCGCGGGAGGUCGCUGCGCAGGAGCUCUCGCGGCUCGCCGUCGAGCAGCCUUUUACACCGUGCACCCGCGUGGUGUCGGACGUGCUUGGCGAGACCGACCAGCCUGACAAGCUCGCCAUGCCCGGCAACCAGUCUUUGAAGAAGAGAGUGUGGGCUGCCAGGGCAUCCGAGAAGGGCAAGAAGCUGAAACAGGGCGAGGACAUCGAGGAGCCUGACUACAGCUCCGUCAGCACCGUUUGCAUUCCCAAGGCUCUGAUGAAGUACGACGACGACCCUUUUCUCCUCUAUGACGCGGGCCAGCCUGCAGGGGAGGAUCGCUUCUUGAUCUUCGGUACAGGCGCUUCCGUCCAGACUCUGGCAACGUGUUCUCGUUGGUUUGCAGAUGGGUCUUUCCGCAUAUCUCCAGAGCCCUUUGUACAGGUAUAUACGAUCCAUGGGGUUGUGGCUGGAUACGCCCUUCCGUUGCUUUACGCUUUGUUGCCUAAUAAAAAGACAACGACCUACGUCCAACUCUUCAACGCGGUGCGCCUCUUGGUGUCCAAGGUCCCUGGCGUUAAAGGCGUCGCGGGGGCCGUGGAGCGGAUCAGUCUCGAUGUUGAAUUCGCGGCAUACAAGGGCGUGUGCCAGGUCUUCCCCGGCGUCGCCGCAGACGGGUGUUACUUCCAUUUACAACAGGCAAUCAUGCGCAGGAUCCAGGAUUCCGGCCUGACGCAGAAAUACUUCGAGGAUCAGGCCUUCAGGAUCAGAGCGCGCUGCCUUGGCACGCUCUCAUUCCUCCCCCCCGGAUCGAUUCCCGGCGCCUUCGAGCUCCUCCGGGGGGAGUUCCCCCCAGGCGAGCACCACUUGCUAUCGUACUUCGAGCACACUUGGGUCGGGGAGCUCGACCGUCGCAAGGUUUCUGUGACCGCCAAGGGGCCCCCCAAGCGCGCAGCUCCACUUUUUCCUCUCGAGUUCUGGAGCACGCACGAGAGGGCCCUGAAGGGCGAUGAGCUGACGAACAAUAUCGCCGAGCG